AUGCUGAAAAAUACCAUAAAAAUAAAUAGAACAAAGCGAGAACAAAGUAGGGCAUUAUUAGAAAAAAAAUUGUCGAAAGAUUCUGUUACGUCUACAAAAUUUUGCGAUUCAUCUGAAGAUCGAGAAGAAGAUUCAAACAGUAGCAACAACAUUAAUUUAAAUAUAUUGAAAAAAUCAAAUAACACAAAAAUUUCAAAUGCUGAUAAUACUGAUUCAUUUAUUCGUAGCAGUAAGUCGCAUUUGAAAAGUUUUUCUGCAAAAUCUAAUAAAAAAAAUUCAUAUAAAUUAAAUAAAGUGAUUGAAUUGAAUAAGAACAACGAUAUAGUUUCAUAUAAUAACAUAAAACAAGAACAUUCGAAAAGAGAAGGCACCAAUUUAGGUGAUAGUAUAAUUUAUGAUCAGAUAGAAAAUAAUAACUUUGGAGUAUAUAGUGGAAAGCCUCAAGAAGGUAUAAACAAUCAAAUACAAAGUGAAAAUCAAGUAGUAUCUAAUUUUAAAGAAAAUAAUAAAAUAUUUCUGAGGAAAGUAGCAGAUAUACCAAGUGGCGGGAACAUAACAAAUUUAUCUCAUAUAACACCAUCUGAAAAAGGCAACUUGAUAAAUACUGAAAAUAAUUUACGUAGUGAUAUUAUUGUUAAUAACAAAUUGCCAUAUCCGUAUUAUGAUAACAAAAGUAAUUAUUUAAAAAACGAAUUAGAUUAUUGCAAUAUACCUGAUACAUUUAAAUCAUCUUCUAUUAUUGGUGCAAAUUAUAAUACCACCAAUUUGUAUAAUGAUAGUUACUUAGAAGCUAUUCACAAAGAAAGUUUGAAAUUUUUUAUGAAUAAUAAUUUGAAUAUACACGAAAAUAAUUUCAAUAAUUACACUAACAGUUUAAACCCAUAUACGUUUGGUAAUUACAAUAACUACAAUUUGCCUACAUAUAAUAAUAGCAAUUUUAGCAAUAAUUUGAGCAGUGCUACGAGUAAUAAUUUUGAUUUAUAUGGACAUAAUAAUUCAUUAAUUAAGGAAAAAUUUACCGCACCGCAUUCAAAUUUUAAUAAUAUAGAAAAUAAGUAUAAAGAUAUAGAAGCAUACAAUAAGCCUUUAAAUGAGUUAUAUAGUAACCCACAUAUAACGAAUGAAAUGGACUUUACAAAUAUGUAUAAUAGUUAUACACCAAUAGACAAUAAUAACACCAAAAAAGUUAUUGAUAAUUCAAAUUACAUAAUUAAUGGAAGUACAUCAUUACCUAUGUCAAAUUUAGGGGCAUCUAAUUUUGGGAUUACAGCCCCUGGAAAUGUUUACGAUAAUAAAAUAAAUUUAGAUGUGUAUAAUAAUAAUAGUAAUGAUCAGCAUAUUAAUGCGAAUGAAACCAAAAUUUUAGAGCAUAUUAAUAAUGAAUCUAGUAAUUGUAUGAUUAAGGAACCUAUAGUAGAAAGCGAAAAUAAAUUAUUAAAACCUACAAAUACAAUAUUGGAAAAUGAAAUGAGAAAAAAUGAUGUUACAGUAUCUGAGCAAGUUAGUUCUCACACUGACUAUUCCAGAGCAACUCACAGUUCGCACGUUGUUGAUAAAAAAAUAGUGCAUGAAGGGUUUGAAACUAUAAAAAUCCCCAAAUAUCGUGAAGUAGAAAUAGUUGAGAAAAUUGUUGAGAUUCCAGUAGUACACAAAGUUAACAAAUAUGUGAAUAAAUAUGAAAUUAAAGAAGUAGAAAAGGUAGUAAAGAAGCCAAUUAACAAAUAUGUUGAAACUAAAAUAGAAGUGCCUGAAUUACAUUUUCAAGACAAAAUAGUUGAAGUUCCUGAAUUACAAGAAGUUGUAAAGAUUGUAGAAAAGGAAGAGGUGAAAGAAAGACUUGUAUAUAAGAAUAAAAUUGAAACAAAAAUAAUACCAAAAUAUAUUGAAGUUCCUGUAAUAAAAAUAGUCAACAAAUAUGAAAGUUACGAUGAUAUAGGUGAAGUUAUAAAAACAGUGCCAGUAAAGAAAAUAGUGGAAAUACCAAAUGAAGUAAUAAAAAAAGUUAAAAUUCCUAUUAAAAAAAUAAUUGAAGAACCUAAUUAUGUCCCAAUAAUUAAAUAUAGAGAUAUUCCAAUAGAAAAAAUUAGAUAUGUUCCUAAAGUCCAAACAAUUGAAUUAGUAAAAAAUAUUCCUAAAAUUAUAGAUAUUCCAGUUCCAGUAAAAGUUCCCAAAAUAAAAAUAAUAGAUAAACCAGUUUUCGUAAAUAAAUAUGUUGAUAGACCUGUAGUUGUACCUGUUUCAAAAACAAUUAAGCCAAUAUAUAAAUAUGAAGGUAAAAAGGUGAUAGAAAUACCUAUACAUAAGCCUUACAUUGUUACACACGAUACAAUUGUUCCUAGGUAUGUUGAAAAUGAUAUGCGUAAUGGUAGAUGCGAAGUAUAUGCUAGAAGAUUAGACAUAAAUUCGUUGAAUCCAAUAAUAAGAAAUGAAUUAUUUAAUACAGUAAAUAAAAACAACUUUAAUUUACAAAGGUCAAUGAGUGCAAGUAAUCUUUUAGGAAAUAGAAAAUAUAUUGGUGACAUUUUCUAUUCAUCUAACAAUAUAAAUUUUAAUGGAAUAAAUAAAAUUGAUAGCAAUACAUUAUUGCCAAACAAAUAUUCUAAAUUAAAUUUCGACAAAAAAUGUGAUUAUGCUUAUAAUACAGGUGUACGAAAUAAUAUGAGAUAUGCUCCUGGAACCAUGUCUCGAAAUAAUAAUAUACAUGCUAAUCAAAAUUCGAAUGGAUUACAAUUUUCGAAAAGUUUGAAUAAUAAUAAUAAUAAUAAUAUAGGGAUUAGAAAUAAUGUUUUUUUUAACUUUUCAAAAAAUAUUUGUCAUUCUAGUAACCCAAUAAAAGGCAGCAAUAACAGUGGCAUCGGGAUUCCUAUGUUUAAUUCAAAUGAAAUAAUUGUCAAAGGUAAAAAUAAAAGCAAUGUUAUUAAUGGUAGAGAUAGAAGUGGCUUAGAAAUAAAUGGUUUUAAUUCGUCGAAUAAAUUACAUAGUGACAAUAGUGGAAAAAAUUUGAAUUUUAAUCACAAUUCUCAAUUUAACAAAAGUAUGGGGAGCAAUAAUUAUGGAUAUAUAAACGAUAUGGCGAAUAAAUUUAAGAAUGAAGAACAAUUAUAUAAGUACCAGUCAGAUACUCGAGAAAAUAUAAGAAGCAAUGGUUACAGAAGUAUGAAUAAUUCCAAUAGUAUACCCCCAUCAAGAAAUCUAAGCCCUAGUGUCGGAUCUGUUGAUGGAAUUAGUACAUAUGUUGUUGAAUAUUUAGGAGAUGAUGAAAGAAAAAUUAGCGAUCGUAGUUUUACUAAUGAAUUAAAUAACAAUAUGACAGAAAAUAUAGGUAGCAAUUAUUCGUUUAGUGGUGAUAUGCGUACAUAG